AUGGGGGAGCUUUUAAAAGAUCUUUUAAGUGAAAGUUAUUGUAAAUCACGUUUACCACCUGAAAUUAAAAAAGAGAAAAUUGUGGUAGACGAAAAAAUUGGACAAAAGCGAGUCAAUAAAGAGGAAUUGAGUAGGGGAACAGUUAGUAGUGAAGGUACCGAAGAUAGCAGUGAAUCGGAAAAUGGUGAGACAAUAUUAGAAGGGAAAAAACAGGUAACGGGGGAGGAAAAAGUAAAAAAGGGAUUAGUUACUUUAUUAGCAGAUGCAUAG